UCGGAAGGUCCCAGGUGUGCGCACCUUCAGGAGGCCUCAGGGAAGAUGGCGGCCCUAGGGGACCAUCAGGAAUCCCCUCCUGCCCUGCCCCCUGUCAGUUUCUCAUCACCGGGGACACCUGGAGCCCACCACCACGAGGCCCUGCUUCACCUGCAUGAUCAUCAACCUGACCCCCCCGGCUCCAGCCCUGAGGUGCUCUCCCCGCCCCAGCUGGAGGGGGAGCUGUCGGCCCUGGAUCCCCAGGACGUCCGCGAAGUGGAGAUUGGGAGAACCACCUGCUGGCGCGAUUCCGAGUCGGAGCCUGAGAAGGCAGCGCCGUCUCCCCAGCCGGACGUUCCUGAGGUGGAGGUGGGCCAGGACACCGGGGUGCUCAAAAGCCUGCUGAGGGCCCUUCACCGGAGACCCAAGUGUGGGGACAGCUUUGAGCCAGCGGCCAGUUUGGAUCGGUCGGCGGGCCAGCCACCAGGGGCAGGACCCCGCACGCAGAAGAGGGGCGCCUGGCGCACGACGCUGCUGCCCCAGGGAGCCCCCGGGACCGGCGCCGGCGGCGGCAGCCCUGAGCUGGGCAGCGGCUUUGGCCUGGGCGUGGGGUUCGGGGACCGGCAGGGCGGCGCGCGGGGCGGGAAGCCGCACCGCUGUGAGACCUGCGGCAAGAGCUUCAAGUACAACUCGCUGCUGCUGAAGCACCAGCGCAUCCACACGGGCGAGAAGCCCUACGCCUGCCACGAGUGCGGCAAGCGCUUCCGCGGCUGGUCGGGCUUCAUCCAGCACCACCGCAUCCACACGGGCGAGAAGCCCUACGAGUGCGGCCAGUGCGGCAAGGCCUUCAGCCACAGCUCGCACUUCACGCAGCACCUGCGCACCCACAACGGCGAGAAGCCCUACAAGUGCGGCGAGUGCGGCCAGGCCUUCAGCCAGAGCUCCAACCUGGUGCGGCACCAGCGGCUGCACACGGGCGAGAAGCCGUACGCCUGCAGCCAGUGCGGCAAGGCCUUCAUCUGGAGCUCCGUGCUCAUCGAGCACCAGCGCAUCCACACGGGCGAGAAGCCCUACGAGUGCCCCGAGUGCGGCAAGGCCUUCCGCGGCCGCUCCCACUUCUUCCGCCACCUGCGGACCCACACGGGCGAGAAGCCUUUCGCCUGCAGCGCCUGCGGCAAGGCCUUCGGCCAGAGCUCACAGCUCAUCCAGCACCAGAGGAUCCACUACCGGGAGUAG